AUGCCCACUCUGUUCCUCCAUUUCUUCCUUUUCUUAUUCACAACCACUGUUUCUAACCUCAUCCCCGCAGUUCACAGCAACUGCAUUGAAGCCCAGCAACAAUCAUUGCUCCAUUUCAAACAAAGUCUUGAAUUUAAUUCUUCCGAAUCCUCCAAGCUUAUCACAUGGAAUUCGAGCACCGACUGCUGUUCUUGGCACGGUGUAACUUGCAGCACCAAUGGGCGUGUUGUCGGACUUGAUCUCAGCAGCGAGUCUAUCUUCUGCAGCAUUGACAAUUCAAGCAAUCUCUUCCAACUUCAACAUCUUCAGAGCCUCAAUUUGGCCGAUAACAACUUCAAUGACUCUUCAAUUCCAUCUGCAAUCGGAAAGCUUGCAAAUUUGAGGUAUUUGAAUUUAAGUGGUGCUUAUUUUUCUGGGCAAAUUCCCAUUGAGGUUGCACGCUUGAAAAGGUUGGUAGUUCUUGAUCUCUCUAAGCAUCAUUUCUCGUGGAAGGUGUUAGACCUUGAGAAAUCGAAGUUUGGCACUGCAAUCCAGUACCUUACAGACCUUACAGCGUUAAAACUUGAGAACCCGAAUUUAGGCACUUUAAUCCAGAACCUUACAGAGCUUACAGAGUUAAAUCUUGAUUCUGUAAAGAUAUCAGGACAGGGGAGUGACUGGUGCGAAGCCAUAUCAUCUUCACUGCCAAAUCUGAGGGUGUUGAGCUUGUCUUAUUGUGGUCUUUCAGGCCCUAUUUGUGAGUCCCUUGCAAAGCUUCAAUCUCUGUAUGAGAUUGACUUGUCAUAUAACUCCUUCUAUGCUCCGGUUCCAAGAUUCUUUGCCAAUUUUCCAAACUUGACUUACCUGAGUCUUAGUUAUUCCUACUUGCUCGGAACAUUUCCCCAAGAGAUCUUUCAGAUACCUUCCCUACAAACCAUUGGCCUUUCUGGUAAUGGUGUUCUUCAUGGUUCCUUUCCAGAAUUUCCAAACAAUGGGUCUCUUCGAUCCUUAAUUGUAGAUGGGACAAGUUUUUCAGGUGACCUGCCCAACUCUAUUGGAAAUCUUAAGAUGUUGUCAAGUGUAUAUCUUUCAGAGUGCAAUUUCACAGGAUCAGUUCCCAAGUCGAUUGAAAACCUCACACUAUUGGCUGACCUGGACAUGUCCGGGAACAGAUUUAAUAGUCCCAUUAGUUCUAUUCACUGGGAAACCCUUGUUAAUCUGGAACGCCUCGAUUUGAGCAACAAUCAACUCUAUGGGACUAUUCCUUCUUCUGUUGUUUCUCUUCCCAAACUGGAAACAGUAAGACUAUCCCACAAUCGGUUCUCGGUUAUAGAAGCUCCUCUUCCUAAUUCCACUUCUGCUUUAUCUUCUCUGGACCUUCAUUCCAACAAGCUUCAAGGCGAGAUACCUAAUUGGAUUUUGAGUCUCAAAUCUCUUAAUUCCCUUGAUCUUUCUAACAACUCCUUGGUGACUCUAGAAGCUGCUCUUCCUAAUUCCACUUCUGCUUUAUCUUCUCUGGACCUUCAUUCCAACAAACUUCAAGAUAUCCAUUCCUCAUAUUCCUUUCUUCAGCUUAAUUACUUGGGAUUAGCUUCUAACAAGUUGACAAGAUUCCCAGACUUCUUGAGAAAUCAAUCCCAUUUAACCAACUUGGACCUCUCAGACAACCAGAUUCAAGGACAGAUACCCAAUUGGAUUUGGAUUUUGGAUUCUCUUCAAGAACUAAAUCUUUCUUGUAACUCCUUGGAAAGUUUAGAAGCUCCUCUACUUAAUUCUACCUAUGUUCAUGAUCUGUCAGUGGUUGAUCUUCAUUCAAACCAGCUUCAGGGACAUUUCCCCUUGUUCUUCAGCAGUAGGUAUCUAGAUUAUUCAAGAAAUAAUUUCAGCUCUAGUAUACCGACUAACAUUGGUGACUUCAUUUUUACUCGGUCUUACCUUUCUCUUUCAAGCAAUAACUUCCACGGGGCCAUUCCAAAAUCAAUAUGCAACGCAAGUGGUUGGGUUCUUGAUCUGUCCAAUAAUUCCUUGAGUGGAAACAUUCCCCAAUGCUUGACUCAAUCAUCUCAGCUUUCGGUCAUUGAUUUGAAGAGAAACAACCUGAGUGGCACAAUUCCCGAUAAUUUUCUCAGCGGUUGUGAGCUACAAACUCUAGACCUCAGUAACAAUCAAAUACAAGGCCAGUUUCCGAAAUCUCUUGUCAACUGCUCAAGUUUAGGGGUUUUAAAUCUCGGAAACAAUCAGAUAACAGAUACUUUUCCAUGCUUUUUAAUGAGCUUAUCUACCUUGCGUGUCCUUGUUUUGCGGUCCAACAAGUUUUAUGGAAGCAUUGGAUGUCCCAAGACCAAUGGCACAUGGCCUGUGCUUCAAAUAAUAAAUUUAGCUCACAACAAUUUCAGUGGUGAUAUGCCAGGAAGAUUGUCUCUGACAUGGCAGGCUAUGGUGUCUAAUGAGGAUGAUUCUCCAACUAACCUUGGAUUUUCUGAUCAGCCGUGCAGGAAUAAUCUAUUUUAUAUGGCUGAUAGAUCUUGUCUUUUGAAUAGUUUUUUUCACAGAGGUUUUGUUUAUUAUUAUAGAGAUGCAAUUACGACUAUCAUCAAAGGUUUGGAGUUGGAUUUUGUUAAGAUUCUAACUAUAUUCACCUUGAUUGACUACUCCUCCAACAAAUUCAACGGAUCAAUACCUGAGGAAAUUGGAGAGUUGAAAUCACUAUAUUUCCUCAAUUUAUCCGGUAAUACUUUCACCGGAAACAUCCCAUCAUCAUUUGGUAAGAUGCGGAAAUUGCAGUCCUUAGACCUCUCACAGAACCACCUAAGCGGCCAAAUUCCACCGCAGCUUGCAAGUCUCACAUUCCUUUCGUCCUUGGAUGUCUCAUAUAAUCAACUGACGGGAAGGAUCCCAACCGGCACUCAAUUUUCAACAUUUCCAAAUACCUCCUUCGAGGGUAACAAAGGAUUAUGGGGACCUCCUCUGACAUGGGAUACAGCAAUCGUAUUGCCACCUCCAAAGUUUAAUGGAAGCUCAAGUAAUCCGAAUUCUGGAGAUGAGAUUGAUUGGAAUAUUAUCAGUGCUGAAAUUGGAUUUACAUGUGGGUUUGGAAUUGCCGUCGGGUCACUUUUGUUUUGCAAGAGAUGGAGGAAAUGGUAUUACAGAGCUAUGUUUAACAUCCUGUUCAAGAUAUUCCCUCAGCUGGAACACAGAUUUGGUAAUCACAGAAGGCAUGUUUACAUAAAUCAAAAGUAUUGGAGACGUUUAAAUGGUUAG